GUGCUCGGCGCAGUCGGGUGCGAUUGGCCACCCCUGGCAGGAGCCGCACCUCGGACAGCAGCAGCGGCGGCCGCGGGAGGGUCCGUGUGGCGCCGGGCGGCGGGGUCCUGCGUGUAGAGUGGGGCGCAACGCGGAGAUCGCGAGCAGAGGCUCUGCACAGCCUGAUCCGGCACUCAGCGACCGGACCCAAGGAUCCGCCGGGGAACAAGCCACAGGAGACCGACUCAGGAACAAGUGUGGGAGAGGAAGCGGCGGCGGCGGCGCCGGGCCCGGGGGUGGUGACAGCAGGUCUGAGGUUGCAUCAUAAAUACAAAGGACUGAAGUUAUAAAAGAGAAAAAAGAAGAUUGCUGCUAAAAUGAAUCUGAGCAAUAUGGAAUAUUUUGUGCCACACACAAAAAGGUACUGAAGAUUUACGCCCCCCCAAAAAAAAUUGUCAAUGAGAAAUAAAGCUAACUGUGAUAUCAAAAAGCAGAGUGCCUGCUCUACUGGCCAUCAUGCGUAAAGGGGUGCUGAAGGACCCAGAGAUUGCCGAUCUAUUCUACAAAGAUGAUCCUGAGGAACUUUUUAUUGGUUUGCAUGAAAUUGGACAUGGAAGUUUUGGAGCAGUUUAUUUUGCUACAAAUGCUCACACCAAUGAGGUGGUGGCAAUUAAGAAGAUGUCCUAUAGUGGGAAGCAGACCCAUGAGAAAUGGCAAGAUAUUCUUAAGGAAGUUAAAUUUUUACGACAAUUGAAGCAUCCUAAUACUAUUGAGUACAAAGGCUGUUACUUGAAAGAGCACACUGCUUGGUUGGUGAUGGAAUAUUGCUUAGGCUCAGCCUCUGAUUUAUUAGAAGUUCAUAAAAAACCACUUCAGGAAGUGGAGAUCGCUGCCAUUACUCAUGGAGCCUUGCAUGGACUAGCCUACCUACAUUCUCAUGCAUUGAUUCACAGGGAUAUUAAAGCAGGAAAUAUUCUUCUAACAGAGCCAGGUCAGGUAAAACUAGCUGAUUUUGGAUCUGCCUCAAUGGCUUCUCCUGCCAACUCCUUCGUGGGCACACCUUACUGGAUGGCUCCAGAGGUGAUCUUAGCUAUGGAUGAAGGACAGUAUGAUGGGAAAGUUGAUAUUUGGUCACUUGGCAUCACUUGUAUUGAAUUGGCGGAACGGAAGCCCCCCCUUUUCAACAUGAAUGCAAUGAGUGCCUUAUAUCACAUUGCUCAGAAUGACUCCCCAACGUUACAGUCUAAUGAAUGGACAGACUCCUUUAGGAGAUUUGUUGAUUACUGCCUGCAGAAAAUACCUCAGGAAAGGCCAACAUCAGCGGAACUAUUAAGGCAUGACUUUGUUCGACGAGACCGGCCAAUACGUGUCCUCAUUGACCUCAUACAGCGGACAAAAGAUGCUGUUCGAGAGCUAGAUAACCUACAGUACCGAAAAAUGAAAAAAAUACUUUUCCAAGAGACACGAAAUGGACCCUUGAAUGAGUCACAGGAGGAUGAGGAAGACAGUGAACAUGGAACCAGCCUGAACAGGGAAAUGGACAGCCUGGACAGCAACCAUUCCAUUCCAAGCAUGUCCGUGAGCAUAGGCAGCCAGAGCAGCAGUGUGAAUAGCAUGCAGGAGGUCAUGGAUGAGAGCAGUUCUGAACUUGUCAUGAUGCACGACGAUGAAAGCACAAUCAAUUCCAGCUCCUCUGUCGUGCACAAGAAGGAUCAUGUAUUCAUAAGGGAUGAGGCGGGCCACGGCGAUCCCAGGCCUGAGCCGCGGCCUACCCAGUCAGUUCAGAGCCAGGCCCUCCACUACCGGAACAGAGAGCGCUUUGCCACGAUCAAAUCAGCAUCUUUGGUUACACGACAGAUCCAUGAGCAUGAGCAGGAGAACGAGUUGCGGGAACAGAUGUCAGGUUAUAAGCGGAUGCGGCGCCAGCACCAGAAGCAGCUGAUCGCCCUGGAGAACAAGCUGAAGGCUGAGAUGGACGAGCACCGCCUCAAGCUGCAGAAGGAGGUGGAGACACAUGCCAACAACUCGUCCAUCGAGCUGGAGAAGCUGGCCAAGAAGCAAGUGGCUAUCAUAGAAAAGGAGGCAAAGGUAGCUGCAGCAGAUGAGAAGAAGUUCCAGCAGCAGAUCUUGGCCCAGCAGAAGAAAGAUUUGACAACUUUCUUAGAAAGUCAGAAGAAGCAGUAUAAGAUUUGUAAGGAAAAAAUAAAAGAGGAAAUGAAUGAGGACCAUAGCACACCCAAGAAAGAGAAGCAAGAGCGGAUCUCCAAACAUAAAGAGAACUUGCAGCACACGCAGGCUGAAGAGGAAGCCCACCUUCUCACUCAACAGAGACUGUACUACGACAAAAAUUGUCGUUUCUUCAAGCGGAAAAUAAUGAUCAAGCGGCACGAGGUGGAGCAGCAGAACAUUCGGGAGGAACUAAAUAAAAAGAGGACCCAGAAGGAGAUGGAGCAUGCCAUGCUAAUCCGGCACGACGAGUCCACCCGAGAGCUAGAGUACAGGCAGCUGCACACGUUACAGAAGCUACGCAUGGAUCUGAUCCGUUUACAGCACCAGACUGAACUGGAAAACCAGCUGGAGUACAAUAAGAGGCGAGAAAGGGAACUGCACAGAAAGCAUGUCAUGGAACUUCGGCAACAGCCAAAAAACUUAAAGGCCAUGGAAAUGCAAAUUAAAAAACAGUUUCAGGACACUUGCAAAGUACAGACCAAACAGUAUAAAGCACUCAAGAAUCACCAGUUGGAAGUUACUCCAAAGAAUGAGCACAAAACAAUCUUAAAGACACUGAAAGAUGAGCAGACAAGAAAACUUGCCAUUUUGGCAGAGCAGUAUGAACAGAGUAUAAAUGAAAUGAUGGCCUCUCAAGCGUUACGGCUAGAUGAGGCUCAAGAAGCAGAAUGCCAGGCCUUGAGGCUACAGCUCCAGCAGGAAAUGGAGCUGCUCAACGCCUACCAGAGCAAAAUCAAGAUGCAAACAGAGGCACAACAUGAACGUGAGCUCCAGAAGCUAGAGCAGAGGGUGUCUCUGCGCAGAGCACAUCUUGAGCAGAAGAUUGAAGAGGAGCUGGCUGCCCUUCAGAAGGAACGCAGCGAGAGAAUAAAGAACCUAUUGGAAAGGCAAGAGCGAGAGAUUGAAACUUUUGACAUGGAGAGCCUCAGAAUGGGAUUUGGGAAUUUGGUUACAUUAGAUUUUCCUAAGGAGGACUAUAGAUGAGAUUAAAUUUUUUGCCAUUUACAAAAAAAAAAAAAAAAAGAAAACAGAAAAAAAUUCAGACCCUGCAAAACCACAUUCCCCAUUUUAACGGGCGUUGCUCUCACUCUCUCUCUCUCUUACUCUUACUGACAUCGUGUCGGACUAGUGCCUGUUUAUUCUUACUCCAUCAGGGGCCCCCUUCCUCCCCCCGUGUCAACUUUCAGUGCUGGCCAAAACCUGGCCGUCUCUUCUAUUCAUAGUACACGUCACAGUAUUGAUGUGAUUCAAAAUGUUUCAGUGAAAACUUUGGAGACAGUUUUAACAAAACCAAUAAACCAACAACAAAAAAAGUGGAUGUAUAUUGCUUUAAGCAAUCACUCAUUACCACCAAUCUGUGAAAGUAAAGCAAAAAAAUAAUAAUAAUAAAUGCCAAGGGGGAGAGAGACACAAUAUCCGCAGCCUUACACCUUAACUAGCUGCUGCAUUAUUUUAUUUUAUUUUAUUUUUUUGGUAUUUAUUCAUCAGGAAUAAAAAAAAAACAAAGUUUUAUUAAAGAUUGAAAAUUUGAUACAUUUUACAGAAACUAAUUGUGAUGUACAUAUCAGUGGUGACAUAUUAUUACUUUUUGGGGGAUGGGGGGUGGGUGGGGUGAAGAGAUCUUGUGAUUUUUAAGAACCUGCUGGCAAGAGUUUAACUUGUCUUCAGCAUAUUCUGAUUGUAUCAUAAUCAUUUUCUGCUGUUGCAGAGGAUGUGAAUACACUUAAAGGAGCUCACAGAAUCCCAGUAGCACAAAUUGGGCUUUGGCAAAUCGUGUAUUUUGUGUAUAGAAGGAAUUUAAGGAGAGGUAUUACUUAUUUUCAUAUUGUAUUUUAACUGUUUCUCUGAUCAAAUUUUUUUACUUCCUCCUCCUGUUGCUCCCCACCUCCCUCCUUUUCCAAUUCAGUAUUUGGAGUUCAACACUGUCUCUCAAUCAGAUCAUCUUGAUCUUUUUCUUUACUUCCCUUCCCCUUCCUAAGUCCCAUUUCUUGGUCAUAAAUAUUGCAUUAUUCACACUUUCAAACUGUGUAUUUUCUUACAAUAAAAAAUGAUGAAAAAAAAAAAAGGCUUUACUUCUUUUGCAUGCACUUUAAAAACAAAACAAAACAUUUUUCAGGUUCCAAGGAAGAGCAUGAUAACUGUCAGAGCUUUUAAUUAUAUUUGUAAAUAAAAGUGUUC